GCCUGGAAGGGGAGCUGUACCUGGCUAGUAGCCGUAGUACCAAACAUCCAAGUAUCCUUUGUCCGUUCAGGUCAAGCCUUCUAUCGGCUGUCAAUGCUGUGCCAGAGUCAAUGCCUGCGCCAGUGCCAUAGCGUUGUGGAGUUGGCCUUGCCCAAAGCUGUCAACCUUCCUUCUGGAUUCAGAGUGCUCCAAAGGUGCAACCAAGCCUGAAGGCCCGCAUUGCAUCUCUCAGGCACUCGAUCGUCUCCAUUGCUCCUCCGUCAAAUGCUGCCCAGCAACAACAAGGGCCUUCACCAGAACCCUGCUUUAAACUCUCUCUUCUCCUCUUCUCAAGCCACCGAGAGCUGCAGGUCAAGGCUUCUUCUCUUUUCGGUUGCCCUCAGUGAAGAGGAGGAACCUGCUGCCCCGGUGGUCUGUCCCGUCCGCAUUGACGCCCACCCUUCCUACCGACUUCACCGUCGUCCUCAAGCACGAUCCACCCGGUCGUUCCUUAUAUCCUACGUAAAGGAUCAUGCUUGCCUGAGAAAAAUCUUCUCGACCACCGACUGCGAAGGCCUACGGCGACACAGGUCCACCUCAACCUGGAACUUUUGACCAGCCGUGGCGUUCGUACAGAUUCGUCUCUGGACGGCUUGGUGGGACGGCCUUCUACGGACGAGAUCCAAAUCUGCCUCCCUCGGUCCGUUAGGCUACCAGUGACAAGAUUGGACAAGGGUGAGAGGAGGAGAGAGAGAGGGAUACAUGCAUUAAAUCGAAGUUUCUCUCAACAUGAUCGAGGCUUCAUCCCCGUUGGCGGCCAUGCAGCCUCCGGCAUUUGUGGGCCACUGCGGCUUCAGAGCGGACGCUCCCACGUCGUAUGCCUCUUUUGCCGCUGCCAAAUCCUUUGGAAACAACAGCUUCAACUUCAGAGACUUGUCGAUGAAGAGAUCGAUGCAGAAGUCUCAUUCAGAUUACUUCAGCCUCAAACCUGUCCGAGGUUCUUCGCCCACGGCAAGUCUGGCUGCCGACCUUUCACAGAACUUCCAUAUCGAUCAGAGUCCCCAGUUACCAACCCCUCGGAGAGCGCUCUUUCCGAACAGCAUAUUUGCAACCGCAGACGGCCAGCGCAACCUCACCACCCCUCCUAUCCCUUCGUCCUCGCCUGGGGUUCAUGAUUCAAUGGAUGUCGAUCUGUCUCCGCUGCCACACAAGCCUCCUUACUGUACGGCGGUCGAGAUACAACUGCAAUCGCCCACACCGGAGCCAACACCCUCUGAGUCCUCGUCACUGUCGGGCCCCUCUCCACCGUUUUCAGAAAGUCCUUCGGAAGGUAUACACCUCAACAUCCCCCAGGAGCGACGGAAGCCGGGGCCACUUCGACCGUCUUUAACUAGAGCUAAGGGCUAUAGUACCGGUGAUCUGCCCCAGAGACGUGCACCGGAGAGCCAGCUGCCCCCUUUCAAGUUCGGGAACUACCCAAGCAAGCCGAUGACCUCGUCCUCUUUGUCUCUAUCGGAGAUCUUUGCGGACUCCUCCCCCCCAGAAAAGCAGCCGCCUCGUCUUGGACCCCCUGCCUUUGCUCCCCCACGUUCUCGUCCGAGCCUAUGUAGCUCAGGACAUUCGUCCCGGAACGGGUCACCUAUUGGAGGACACCUGAGGAAGAGUUCGAAUCCUCUGGUGAGACCACGCAAACAGUUCAGGCGGUCUCUGAGCAUGUUUGAGCAUCCUGGAGACGUGAUGAAGCAAGAGAAGGACCGGUUGAGCCCGCCUCCACCUUUACUGCCUUCGAUCAUGGACGUGGAAGCUCCCCAUGUUCCUCAAUUGCCCCACUUCACUCCGAGCGAGGCUGGUGCCCUACCGCGGAUUACGAAGGAGACCAUGGUCGACGUGCUCGACGGACGAUUUAACCACCUCUACGAGAAACGGGUCAUCAUUGACUGCAGAUUCGAAUACGAGUAUAAUGGCGGCCACAUUGAUGGUGCUGUAAACUUCAACGACAAGGAACACUUAUCAUCACAGCUGUUUGAUGUCGAACCAACUUCCAGAGCACUACUCAUCUUCCACUGCGAAUAUUCUGCUCAUCGUGCGCCGCUUAUGGCUAAGUUUAUCCGCAAUAAGGACCGUGCUGUCAAUGCUGAUCGUUAUCCUGCUUUGACAUACCCUGAAGUCUAUAUUUUAGAUGGCGGCUACAGCACGUUUUUCAAAGAUUAUCGGUCUCGGUGCUACCCGCAAAACUAUGUUGAAAUGCAUGCAAAGGAGCAUGUUUUGGACUGCGAACGUGGUCUCGGAAAAGUGAAACAACGAUCCAAACUUGUUAGGGCUCAGACCUUCGCUUUUGGCCAACAUUCUCCCUCAAUCGACUCGAGUCCCACAGCAAUGGGCCGGAGUCAUUUGGACAGCGAUAUGGACCUGGACAUGGGCCUUGAAUAUACCCCUGUUGCAGGCCCACGACCAGGAGUGGACAUCCUUAGGGGACGAAACCAGCGGAUGCUUUCAUACUAGCGAAUUCCUUUGGAUGCUUUUACUUCUUAGCCCGGCGUUGGACGGGCUCUCAUUGCCAGCUUUUGGACCUCGGCGCUGUUGGCGUUCAUCUUCAAACAAUUCAGCGGCUUUGCGUGUUUGAGAGAUACCAGCGUCUUUGUUUUUCUAUGAACACUUUUUGCCAAGGCAUGGCCCUUGUCAGCAGCCACCCCGUGGGCUGAGACCAAACGGUCUUCUUAAUAACAAUGAACGAAACCAGCAUUGGAGCUUGUGCACUUUGAUCACAAAGCCUUUGCUAUGACUGAGGCCAUAAUAUAUGGUCCAACACCCACAUAACUUUCUUUUGUCCUUUUGAGGCCUCCGGGCUCGACCGCCAGGCCCACACGGGCUCCAUGGCAGACGAACAUAUGCUUACGGGCACUUAACACUUACAAACUGUUGAUCUCUCGCUUCAGCAAACUUUUUCGGCCCAAAAUCCGGACCAUCGUCUGAUUAUUUAUGGGAGGUUUUUCUGGUGCUGUCUCACUGGUCUGUGUUUUUGGCACUGGUUGUUCAUUACCCGGUUUCGAAGCAAGUUUUGUGCAUCAAUGGGGGUACUGUACGUGCAUAACAUCGGUCACGGAUCCACCAUUAAAGACUCUGCAUGCAUAAGGCGGCUUUCUCUUCUACAAGGUGCAUUACAUGGAGUAUUGGAGGUUCUCCAUCUUUCCUGUUGGCAUCCUUUUUGAUCAACUCAUCGAGACGGGCUUUGGUUUUGAUAAGGAGCACUGCGUGCGCAUCAGGAGCUGAGUAGCUAGGUCAGGGCAGGUGGUUUGUUCGUGAUAGCAUUUGAGCAAUCCAUGCUUCUGGUACAAAAAGACAUUGCACAUAGGGAGUCCGCAGAUAGGCAAGCAGAAACCUGGGUUUGAGAAAAUCCAGGGAUUAGCAGCUGUAUUGUUGAAAUCGAAGUGUAUUGCAGAGAAACAUAACACGCCCCAUUCUUUCUUUUCCUAAAGAGACAAACAAUGGCAUGA